AUGUCUGCCUCUCCGAUGUCGCCUCUUUUAUCAGGGCUGGGUGUCCUUACCGCUGCUGCUGUUUCCCAGGGAAAAGGCCAAAUACCUGCCGUUGAUCACCGGAAAGCAGAGAUCAAGAAUACGGAGAGAAAGUCCGUAGCUUCCACUCAACAAUUAAAGCGCAGGUCUGGUUCCGCAGAUGGAAAUGAGAAUGGCAGUAAACUCGAUAUCACUAACAUGACUCACACGAGUCGUCACAUAACGCCUCCACCAAAUGAACCCAGGGAUGAGUUCGAGAUGUCUAACGAUGCAUCGUUUAGUGAUCCGCACUCUCCACUUUAUGUACAGCCAACUUUGAAGGAGAAGCUAAAUACCGCUUGCGCUUAUGAACAUAAACACCUUAUCGGUCGGUUUUGCUUUCACUGCCGUCAUAUGGAAAUGCCAUGGGGAGAUGAUCUUCCAAUUGCUGUCGACGAUAGUGGUACCGAAAUUCGAAAGGCCCCACAAGGCUCACUACUAGAAGGAAUCAAGGAUCUGGCGGAACCAUUUGAGAUUUCCCAACUUGCUAUAUUUAUCGAAUUUCGCACUAUACUACAAGAUCUUAAUACUCUUCCUGGUCUCGCUGAAAGCCUCAGAUUCUUCCCAAAUUUGCAUGAAGUUGCUAGUCGGAUUACAGGUCUCACCAAAGAGCUUGAAACAUUGGUGGAUGAAAGUGAACGUGAGCAACUGCCACAUUGGUUCAACAAUCUUCAUGAGUUAUUAAAAGAUCCAACUUUAACUCAUGACCAAUACUUGACACGGGUAGCCCAAGAGUGGAGCUUGCGACCUACGAAUGAAGGUAUCUGCCGGGUGAAAUCCAAAGCUCCCGAAUCAGACUCUUUUCGAAUCUCGACAGGAGUAUUUACGAAGCCUCUGGUAACGCUCACCAGGGAAGAUGCGAUCAAGAACGAUAUAGAGAUACACAAUGAAGCUGAGGUUGACGAGCUAAUCAAUCAUCUUGAUAGGAACGAAAGCCGAGGUCCAGGGUAUGUCCAAUUUACACUCGACUUCGUAAACUGGUUGAGAGGAGGAGCACACAACACUGGCCAUGAUGCACCACAAUGGGGUCCUCAUUAUGCUAAAGAAUUUUAUGAUCUUCACUAUCCAGCACAUGCAGAAGUACAUAAUACGAACAACAAUUUAUCCUGUUCUAGUGGCCGGUUGGAUUUCUCCCGCCGUCAAAAUUCGGCACCCACCACACCCCGUUGCAAUGAAGAAGAUUCCGAUGUUGAGGUCUACGAUAGCAAUGAUGAUGAGGCAGAGCUUGAAGGUGCUUACUUCAAGAAACUCCCCGAGGUAAAGAAAAACACACCAGGACGUGCCAAUGUCAAGUGGCGCUUCGUUGAAGGAACCGAUAUCGAGAAUGCCGAACUCGGAAAACCUGAUCCUAGCAAAUUUUAUCUGACCCGUCAAAAUGUAGAUGAUCCGCUUGAGAUUGAUCUCCGCCAGUAUGCACAGAUUGCUGGAUUCAAUUGGGAUGACCCGACACAUAUCAGAAGGCUUAAUAAGGCUAGGGCUCAAAAUCGUAAACGAACUCAUGGUAAUAUUGCCGAAACACGCAUUCCCUGGACACAGAUGGAGAAGAUUUGCCUUGAAGAGGAGGUACGCGAUGCUAUUAAAGCUGGUUUCGAUAGGCGCACGAUGAAUUGGGAUGAGAUUGCAAUUCGUCUCAAGGAAAGAUUCGAGGGAGUUCUUCAGCCAAAGGGUUCAAAGUUGGCACCAGGAGUGGAAAGAGAAACUAAGGAUGGGAAAAAAGAUAAGAGUAAGUAAUCCUUCGGCGUCGUUUUCUGUGAAAUGAAAUUGUUCGGGCUUCUCUCCGAAUUCCGGACGGCAAUAGUGAAUUCAAUUCCUAUUUGAAGUAUGGUAGCUAAUCAUUGGUAUACAACAGCUCUCAAGACCACUCGCAGUGACCGUACAGGCUACAAUCGUAGUGGCUCCGCAACUGAAACCCAGGCCAUGAAAUACUCCGAUAUUCUCGAGUUGAUCAACAAAGCAACAGGACUUGGUGGCAAAGGAGGCCGUGGUAUAAUCCGAGGUCCUCGUCGCAAUGUCUCGGAAAUGAUGGAUGGCGAGCAAAAUGAAGAGGAUAAUAGACCAAAAAAGAAACUCAAGACGCUCACUCGCCAUUUUUCAGCCAGCCCGCCUCCUCGUACGAUCGAUAAGUACUAUGACGAUGACAAAGAUAAACUAUCUCCUCCGCCUACUAGUGCACCCGGUCUGAAAUCUGCUUUCAGUUUGAAGUUCGGUAAGAGUAAUGCAAAGGAGUUUGUCGCCAAGUCAGACAGAAUUUAG